AUGCCUGCUUUCUAUAUCUCCAUCAAUGACAAGAAGGACAAUGGUAUCAAAACCUCCAAGUACACCAUCAUCACCUUCCUACCCAUCAACCUGUUUGAGCAGUUCCAGAGAGUGGCUAAUGUGUAUUUCAUGGUGCUGCUGAUUCUGCAGUUAAUUCCAGCUAUCUCUUCUCUGUCCUGGUUCACGACCGUCGUUCCUCUAGUGCUGGUGGUGACCAUCACUGCGGUCAAGGAUGCCACGGAUGACUACUUUCGUCAUCGAAGUGACCGGCAAGUCAACAACCGACGGUCCAACAUUCUUAACGGUGGGAGUUUUCAGGCUGAGAAGUGGAUGAAUGUGCGUGUGGGUGACAUUAUCAAAUUGGAGAAUAACCAGCCUGUUGCGGCAGACAUGCUCCUCCUUUGCAGCAGUGAACCUCAUGGACUGUGUUACAUUGAGACCGCAGAGCUGGAUGGAGAGACAAACCUGAAAGUCCGCCAGGCUUUGACUGUCACCUCAGAUUUAAAAGAUUCCAUAAAGCUGGCAGACUUCAACGGCGAAGUCAAAUGUGAGCCAGCCAACAACAGACUGGAUAAGUUUGCUGGGACUUUAAUUUGGGGCGAUAAUAAAUAUCCCCUGGAUAAUGACAGGAUGUUGCUGCGAGGCUGUGUGCUCAGAAACACUGAAUGGUGUUUCGGACUUGUGAUUUUCACAGGGUCAGACACCAAGCUGAUGCAGAACAGUGGCAGAACUAAAUUCAAGAGAACCAGUGUUGAAAAGCUCCUGGACACACUGGUCAUAUGGAUCUUUGCUUUUCUGGCCUGUAUGGGACUAAUCUUGGCCAUCGGAAACACAGUUUGGGAAAAUUCUACAGGGACAAGCUUUCAAGUGUUCCUGCCGUCGCCGGAUGAGAUUCAUGAAAACGCUGUUUUUUCUGGCUUCCUCUCUUUCUGGUCAUAUGUCAUCAUCCUGAACACCGUUGUGCCCAUCUCUCUGUAUGUCAGUGUUGAAGUUCUGCGGCUCGGUCACAGUUACUUCAUCAACUGGGACGCACAGAUGUACCACGGUGCUACGAACACUCCGGCAGCGGCUCGAACAACCACGCUGAAUGAAGAGCUGGGUCAGGUGGAGUACGUCUUCUCAGACAAGACGGGAACUCUGACCCAGAAUGUCAUGGUCUUCAGCAAAUGCUCCGUAAAUGGACAAACAUAUGGUAAUAAGAAUACUGACAUGUUCUUCAGUCCUGCCGGUGAUGAAGGGUUUUUUGAUGAGCGUCUCCUUGAAGCUGUUCGGGAAGAGGAUCCUGAGGUUCAUCAGUUCUUCAGACUUCUGGCUUUGUGUCACACUGUCAUGCCGGAGGAGAGGAGCGAAGGAACUCUGGUGUAUCAAGCCCAGUCACCGGACGAGGGUGCGCUGGUUACUGUUGCGAGGAAUUUCGGUUUUGUGUUUCGGGCGAGGACUCCUGAAAGCAUCACUCUGAGUGAGAUGGGUCGAGCGGUUCACUACCAGAUGUUGGCCAUUCUGGACUUCAACAAUGUGCGCAAGAGAAUGAGUGUGAUAGUGAGAAACGAACAAGGGCUGUUGAAGUUGUACUGUAAAGGCGCCGACACUGUAAUAUUUGAGCGUUUAGAUCCCACGAGUGAAGAGCUUAUGCUCACCACCACAGAACAUCUCAAUGAGUUUGCUGCAGAAGGCCUUCGUACGUUGGCGCUGGCCUAUAAAGACCUUGAAGAAGAUGAUUUCAUAGUUUGGAUGGAGAAGUUUCAAACAGCCAAAACAGAAAUUGAGAACCGUGAGGAAAAGCUGGCGCUACUGUACGAGGAAGUUGAGCAGAACUUGAAGCUUUUAGGCGCUACAGCGAUUGAAGACAAACUUCAAGUUGGAGUCACUGAGACAAUCACCUGUCUGAAUCGAAUGGACAUCAAGAUCUGGGUUCUCACUGGAGACAAACUUGAGACAGCAGUGAACAUUGGCUACUCAUGCAACCUGCUGCGGGGGGACAUGAACGAGGUGUUUGUGAUCUCAGGAGCCACGCAGAUGGAGGUGCAGCAGCAGCUCAGGAGAGCUGGCGAGCAGAUCGCGGGUGUGAGUCCACUCAGUGCUGAAAAGACAAAUGAUCAUGAAGACAUCAUCGGAGAGUUUGCUUUGGUAAUAACCGGUCAAUGCCUGGCUCUGGCGCUGGACCCAGAGGUGGAGCAGCUGCUGCUGGGUGUGUCCUGUCUGUGCCAAACUGUCAUCUGCUGCCGUGUCACGCCACUGCAGAAGGCCCAGGUAGUGGAGCUGGUGAAGAAACACAAGCCAGUAGUCACCCUCGCUGUCGGGGACGGAGCCAAUGAUGUCAGCAUGAUAAAGACGGCUCACAUCGGAGUUGGCAUCAGUGGUCAGGAGGGAAUGCAGGCGGUCUUGGCCUCAGACUACUCUAUCGCUCAGUUUCGUUACCUGCGGCGGCUGUUGCUGGUGCACGGACGCUGGUCCUACUUCCGCAUGUGUAACUUCCUCUACUACUUCUUCUACAAGAACUUUGCUUUCACCUUGAUCCACUUCUGGUACGGCUUCUUCUGUGGCUUCUCUGCUCAGACAGUGUAUGAUCAGUGGUUUAUCACUCUUUUCAAUGUGGUCUACACAUCUUUGCCAGUACUGGCAAUAGGACUGUUUGACCAGGAUGUCAGCGAUGGAAGCGGUCUCAACAAUCCCACCUUGUACAAACCCGGGCAGCUCGGUCUCUUCUUUAACAAGCGGCAGUUCUGUCUGUGCCUGUUGCAGGGGACAGGAUGUUCUCUUCUGCUCUUCUUCAUUCCUUACGGUGCCUUUUGUCUGAUGGUGAGAGAUGACGGCUCCCCUUUGUCUGAUCAACAGACCUUUUCCAUCACCAUAGCAACAGUGCUGGUGAUUGCCGUGAAUGUACAGAUAGGCCUGGACACACAUUACUGGACGGCAGUCAACCAUGUCUUCAUAUGGGGCAGUCUGACUAUCUACUUUGCCCUUUUAUUUGCAAUGCAAUGUGAUGGCAUGUUUGGGAUUUUCACAAGUAAAUUCCCAUUUGUGGGAGCAGCACGAAAUAGCCUGUCAGAAGUGAGUGUGUGGCUGGUGAUCCUGUUGACCUCAGUGGCCUGUGUUGUACCGGGUUUAACGGUCAGCUUUCUGCGGGUCAGCGUAUACCCAACUCUCUGUGAUACGGUGCGUCAGGGACAACAAGCAGGAGGAAUGUCAGCAUCUCAGGAGCAGAGCCAGAGGAGCGUGAGCAGAACCAGCUCCCACCGCUCGGCCUAUGCCUUCGCCCACCAGCAAGGACACGGAGAACUGAUUAUGUCAGGAAUUAACAUGAAGAGAGGAGCUUCACAUGCAUCUAAGUCGAUGGAAAACAUGCUAAAACAAACUAACAAAGGGUAA